UCGCGCUGUCACGUGGGAGUCCGGUUGUCAUGGCGGCUGUCCGGAAGCCGGUGCUGCUGGGACUUCGAGACGCGGCGGUCCAGGGCUGCCCCAAGGGGCCCGCCGCCUGGACCGCUAGCAAGCUGGGCGGCGUCCCGGACGCCCUACCGGCCGUUACCGCUCCGGGGCCGCGGUGUGGCGGCUGCGCGGAGCCACUCGCGCUCGUCGUGCAGGUGUACUGCCCGCUGGAAGGCUCCCCGUUCCACCGGCUUCUGCACGUGUUCGCCUGUGCCCGCCCGGGCUGCGGCGGCAGCGGGACGCGCAGCUGGAAGGUGUUCCGCUCCCAGUGCCUGCAAGUGCCAGAGAAAGAGACUCUGAACGCCCAGACACAGGGUAACGGCCUUGCAGCUGAGAACUGGUGUGAAGGCUCACAGGACUGGGGCAGUGACAGUGAGGAGACGCCUCCACCGCCACCCGCCUCAGAUUUGGGAAAUGAUGCUAAUGGUGUCAGAGCUGUAGACUGGACUGCGCAGCUCCAGGCUCUCUGCCUGCAGGACGGUGCCCCAGCUGUUGCUCACCCUGUCCCUUCAGGGGAAGGGCUGGCGGUCCAUGCUGAAGUGCCACAGUUCCAGCCCUACUAUAUCUGUGUCGCCGAGGAGGAGGAUUACGGGAACUCCGUGGGUCUUGAGCAUGCCCGCAGCCUUCUUCAGGACUACCAGCAGAGAGAAGGUGUUGACAUGGAGCACCUGCUUUCCCUCUGUUCUUACAGUGAUGGGGAUGAGAAAUAUGAGAAGACCAAUAUUAAAAGUGGAGACCAAACGUUUUACAAGUUCAUGAAGAGAAUUGCAGCCUGUCAGGAGCAGAUUUUGAGGUACUCGUGGAGUGGAGAGCCUCUCUUUUUGGUCUGUCCCACCUCGGAAGUCUCUGAGAUCCCAGCCUGCAGUGGCUGUGGAGGCCAGAGGACGUUUGAGUUUCAGCUUAUGCCAGCACUAGUCAGCAUGCUCAGCAGUGCUAACCUAGGUCUUGCUGUGGAAUUUGGAACAAUUCUCGUUUACACAUGUGAGCAGAGUUGCUGGCCUCCGAAUCAGCAGACUCCCAUGGAAGAAUUCUGUAUUAUACAAGAAGACCCAGAUGAAUUUUUAUUUAAGUAGAACACUUCCUCUUAUUUAUACAAAUUAAAACAAAUUUUCAGCCGGGCGGUGGUGGCGCACGCCUUUAAUCCCAACACUCGGGAGGCAGAGGCAGGCGGAUCUCUGUGAGUUCGAGGCCAGCCUAGACUAC